GGGCUCCCCCCCUCCGGGUAGCGGCCCCGGGCCGGGCAGAGCAGGUGGCGGCUCGGCGGGGACGCGGCUCCCUCCCGGCCGGGCCGAUGGAGGCGCUGAGCCAGCGCUGCCCCCUGCCCGCCGCCCAGGGCUGCCCCCGGCCGGGCCGCGGCACGGUGCUGCUGGUGAUGACUCUGUCUUUACUGAUGUAUCCAGUGCUGAGAAGUCUUGCUCUCCACAUGCACGCUGCCGUCACUGGCAGCUACAUUUCUGGGACCCACUCCAUUGCCUUCAUCAACUGUCUCAAUGAGCAGAUUGCCAAGGAUAUUGCAAGGGGCAUCAUGGACAAGAGACUGGCUGCCUACGUGAACAUCCUGCCAAAGAGCUCGGCCUUGUAUUUCUGGAAAGGGGAACUGGAAGAAUCCACAGAAAUACUGCUGUUAGUGAAAACAAGGACAUCCAAAAUAGGUGAAUUGUCCAACUACAUCAGAUCCAUCCACCCCUUUGAAAUUCCUGAAGUCAUCAGUCUGCCUAUUGACCAAGGAAACCCUCUCUACCUCAAAUGGAUAGAAGAAAAUGUCCCACGGGAUUAAAGGAAAAGUGCAGAAACC